UUUUCUGUUCUAUAUUCUAAGGUCCCUCCAGCUCUCAUAUUAUGAUUAUACUUCCUCUGAAUUAUGAGCCUGUCCAGUGGAAAUGUUAGAGCAACCAAGUCCAACCUCUCCUCUUUAUUUUCAUCAUCAAGAUUUGUUACAGAUACCACCACCACCAUGGGGAUUUCAACGUCUCUUGCCCUCCUUGUGCUAACAGCUAAUAACUUGGCCAUCAUUGCCUCUGCUGAAGAAAUGGCAUUUGAAACUCUGAAACUGUGGAUCUAAUACAAUUCCAUUUUUACAAACUUUACCAAAACUAAGGAAUGGACAAGAAACCUAAUGAAAAAAAUGAAAAUAAAGAGCAAAAGGUUGAUUGCUCUAGGUAUCCUACCACCAGCAAGGGUAUAAUAUGUACUGAUGUCCUCAAACCAAUAUGUGGUGCAGAUAAGAAAACUUAUAGGAAUGAAUGUUCACUCUGUGCCACUAAUGCAGAAAAGGGGCUGGAUAUCAAGAAACUGCAUGAUGGGCAAUGUACAUCUAGAUUGAUUGCCCCCCAAAAGAACAAAUUGCCUGUACUAUGGAACAUAAGCCCCACUGUGGCUCAGAUGACCAUACUUAUGCCAACAAAUGCUCCUUCUGCAAUGCUGUUGUUGCUUCUUGCCCCAGUGUUGGCAUGUAGUUUUAGAAAACCUACCUCCUUGCUCCUAAGACCUCCAACUUUCCUAGAAAAGCCAUAAUUCUCUGACCUUAAAGCAUAUUGGCAAAUGCUGAAUCCCCACACAGGACAGUAGCAACAGAGUUCUUUCUGCAAUCACUUUCCCAGCAUAGAACUGGUACAUUGACCAUGGGGCACCCUCUAGCAUUUGGCUGAACUACAAUCAAUGUUAACUUUAGAUGUGCUUGUUGAUUUUCUUCCUCAAUAAAUAAUCCUCUGCAGAAA